GAACAACUGGAAUGACGGUUCAAUGUACCGUAGAUGUCAGUUUUCAAAAAACAUCGAUACAUCGACUAUUUAAACAUUGAGUGAAAAAUUUUCGAUGCAUCGAAGCAAAACAUCGAUAUUUUGAGUAUUUUUCAUCGAUGUUUUUCCGAAAUCCCUAACCCACCCUAAUCCUCGUACUAGCAACGAUUAUCAUCAUGAAUUGAUGUGCAUUCCAGACUCCUGUUUUAAAUAAAUUUAAUGUCAUCUGUUGAUAACACAAAGGAUUGCUUAGCUUGUCGCUUAAUAAGCGGCUUUGGUUUAAUUGCAAUGGGUGCUUACAUAUUAUCACAAUCAAAGAAUCGCAGAAAAAUUGAAAUGAAUACCAUGCGUUUACUUUCAGGAGGCAUAAUGUUCCUUGGCAUAGCGCGACUUUCUAAUGCAAGUUUUCUAAAAAGCAAAUAAGAUACAUUUUUGCUUGACAAAAACAUUAUAAUAUAAAGUUUUAUAUUCUUAACAUUAGCUUAAGUCAAAUAAAAAUAUUAGAUUUUAAAGUUAAAUAAAAUAAUUUUAUUAAUCUUCGCCGCUAUCUUCGCUUGU